AUGCCUUCCCUCGACGACCUGUUCAACCUAGCCCUCGCGAACCGACGAUUCUACCGCCUUUUCAAGCAGCGAGAGUUGUUUCUGAUUAAGAAUGCUCUGUUCAAGAUGUCACGGUCGGCAUGGGAGCUGCGUGAAAUGAGCCCUCCCUGGACUACCGAGUGGCAGCUUGUCCUGGAUCCAGACUCCCAGGUGCCUGAAUACACUGGCAAGCUCUACUUGGACCGGUAUGCCCAGGAUAUCUUCAUCUUGGCACAACUGAAAUCCAUGGUACUGAUGCGCUGUGCUCCUUUCUUGCGACCGGACACUGUGCGUGGCCUGGCUGGAUUGGAUGAUGACCGUGCAGAGGAGGUUGACAAUGCCUUCUGGAGAGUCUGGACCUUCUGCCGUAUUUUCGGUAGUGGGAAAGGUCGUGAAAAUGACAUCGAGGGCCAGAUGGACUGGCUGAGGGGUGGAAAGAAGGCUCGAACAUUCCAUGGCGCAUCUUCCGCCAUGAUGACUGAGCCUUACGGAAUGAACAAUGUCCUGUUCGAGCCACCAGUGGGAUUCGCACGUGGAAAUUGCGGUGGACUCACUGCUACGGAGCUCUACGACAUGACUGAAAUCUGGAACUGUUUGAAUGUCCUGGUGCAGCCUCUUCAUGGCAAGUGCAUUGAGGCUCGCAGGGCUGGUAUCUUCGAUGGAAAGCAUGUGCCGGAGAACGACCCAGUUCGCGAGGAAACUGUUCUCGAGGAAUGGACAUCUUGGGUUCUCACUCUUGGAUUGUCUGCCGUCAUAGCCCUUAGCUCUCUUACUCCCAGCGAGACUCCGGCCAUGAUUUUCCAGAGGGCCAAGGACCUUGGUCUUACCAAGUGGGAUCUUCCUGAGACUCGCGUGACCCGUCAAUCCUUCAUGAAGGAAGCGGUUUCUCGUGUUUACGAAGACCAGGAACGGUUCAUGAUACUUCCUUCCGGUUCCGCCGACAGCCCAUGUGAAUUGCCAUCGGACGAGAUUCCCACACGCGGAGAAGAUAACGAGCGUCGUCAAGCCCUUUCACUCGAGAUUCGAAUGCAGCGUACCCGAGGCGCGGAGCUCCCCGACUUCGUUAAUACUUUCGCAACAGAGCGACCCAUGUCCACAUUCAGCACGAUCCUCGGCAACCUGGUCGGAACAGGCAAAGCUUCAGCACCGCCAGUUCCUCCCGUACCUGGUCUAGCAUCCGACCGAUCAUCAACCUCAACCGACGGCAGCAGUCCUGCUAUUCCCGGUACCCCGAGUAAUGGUCUGGACCAUCUCGCACCUACCCCAGCCCAACACCCACACUACAAACUAAGCGCACACAAUCUCAACAUCACAUCCGACCCAUUCACUUCCCGUCCGCGCAGCCCCCCAAUGUCACACUACCUCUCCCCACCUCUACCACCACAAGUUCAAGACCCAGUUGACCGAGCCAUCUGCCGAAUGGUGAAUGACCUCGGCUUCAACGAAGAGGAUGUGAAAUGGGCACUCAAGAUCACCGACACAGGUGAAGGGAUCAACGUGGAAGCUGCAGAGCAGCUACUCCACCAACAAAAGAAGAAAUCCGAGCGCAACCCAUUCGUGACUCGAGGAAAGAACAGCAAUGGAAAGAAUUCCCUGCUUAUGUCUGUUAUCAAGCAACAGGGUGCCCAGGAGUCAGGUUGGCGAUGGGCCUAA